CGCAUUUGCGGAAGAAUCUACUGUAGUCAGCUACGUAGGUAGGUGGCGUGCGCUGUCAAAAGGUGAAACUCAGUACUUUGACAGCCGAAGAUCUGUUUUCUGUGGAGAAAAUAUAUUGUUGCUUUCCACACAGACCAAAGAGAACAAACAGACAUGGCGACCAACAGCCCUUGUGUUGUGAUUAGCGAUGACGAACAAGGAUAUGACCUAGACCUGUUCUGCAUACCAAAGCACUAUGCCGCUGACCUGGAGAGGGUCUACAUUCCACACGGACUCAUCUUGGACAGGACAGAGAGGCUGGCCAGGGAGAUUAUGAAAGACAUGGGAGGGCACCACAUUGUGGCCCUAUGUGUGCUUAAGGGGGGCUACAAGUUCUUUGCUGACCUGCUGGACUACAUCAAAGCUCUGAAUCGCAACAGUGACCGUUCUAUCCCUAUGACCGUGGAUUUCAUCAGACUAAAGAGCUACUGUAACGAUCAAUCUACUGGUGAAAUAAAAGUAAUUGGAGGGGAUGACCUGUCUACACUAACAGGGAAGAAUGUCCUGAUUGUGGAGGAUAUAAUUGACACAGGAAAAACCAUGAAGACCCUUCUGCAACUCCUGCAACAGUACAAACCAAAAAUGGUCAAAGUGGCGAGUUUGUUGGUGAAAAGGACACCAAGGAGUGUUGGUUACAGACCAGACUUUGUAGGUUUUGAAGUCCCUGAUAAAUUUGUGGUGGGAUACGCACUAGACUACAAUGAGUACUUUAGAGAUCUAAAUCAUAUCUGCGUCAUUAGUGAAACAGGAAAGGAGAAAUACAAGGCGUGAGGACAUCACUUAUAAUCAUGUAUCAUUAUUUCUAUUGAUGUUUCAAUUCAUUUUUAUCUGAUUUGUUUUUUUGGUCCAAAAAUUCAAAUCACUGUUGCAGCUCACGUGACAUAAGAAAUGCAUGCAUACACCCACUCACUUAUGGAUACACACACACUUACACACGGUUUCUGCUCAGGGUUUCUGAGAAGUUGCAUGAAUACUGAUAUUGUGCUCCAAUUGCAAUUGCUCUUUCUUGCCUCACAACGUUAAUUUGAGAAACCACUUUGUGAGUCAGUCUUCAUUCCACAUUUGAAAUGUUAAGUUAGAGCUCUACUUUUUAGUGAUAAUUGCUUGUUUGCCCUGUCAAUGGCAAAAAUAAUUUCUUUUGGGUGUGGCUGCUAGCAUUAUGUAGUUAUGAUUUCGAUUUCAGUCUUUUCCCAUAAAGUUUUUUCUGCAGUGUGACAAGUUUUUAAUCUCCUUACCAGCUUUAAACAAAGUGCUGUUGACUGAUUUGAGCACAUAUUUAUAUAAGGAUAGCAGACAUAAAAGGAAGAUUAAUUCACUCAAUUCAAGAUUUUCACUCAAUUGUGUGUGAAUAUUGAAUAAUUAUAUUACUGUAUUUCAUCCAUAUUGUCUUUUGUACAUGCAAGGAAUGUAUUUUAAGCUCUAAUAUACUGUAAAUCGAAUUCAGUGCCACAUCAUUCUAUUCCAAUAGUAUAAACUCAUCAAUAUAAUUUUAAAGCCCAACCAUUAAACUCUUUAUUGUCUGUAACAGAA